AAAGUUUAUUUCGCUAACAAAUUCACGUGCUCUGAAUACCCACGAGCCACGAGUGCCGGGAAUAAUGAAACAAGUGUCGUGUACUUUGUAAAUCCAACUUUAAUUUUCUCCUUCUCUCUCUGACAAGUGGAGACGGAAAUAUCUACAAACCAGUACAAUCCUCCAAUGGUAUUGGUCGACGGGCGGAAAUGAUCCAAUGAUAAUUAGCCACCGUUAGUACAGUCAGCAGUCAUGCAGUGACAAUUUGAGGUAACACUCAUUACAGUUUACCUUCCCAUCAGAUAUUCGUUCAAAAUUUUGCCUUAAAGAAGGCCAUUUUGCCGAUAAAUUACGGCGAAAUAAUCGACUCCAGCCGUCUGGUUACAACGAUAACUCACCAAGAACACACACAAAGUUAUAAAACAGUUAUUGACGGUACAGUGUAAAUGUGUGAUUGUAGUCUGUCAUUAAUGUUGUGACGUGUAUAAAUAUUUUCCAUGAUUUUUGGAGAUAAUUGAGGGUAAACAGUAGCAUUAGAAGCUGAAAUUCAUCAGGAGAUAUAGGAAGUAAAAUGAUGCAAGAUGAGGAUCUGGGAGGUCCCGCUAGGAAAAAUGUUUUUUUCCAGGGUGCCACAAGGCUGUCACAGAUGUAUCAGAGUUACCUAGAUCUAUGGACACCUCACGUCGUAUCCAGAUGGUUAUUCGGGGUUGCACUUUUAGUUAUAUUUUUAUUACGUAUCUUCAUCUCACAGGGAUGGUACAUUAUCAUAUAUGGGCUGGGGAUUUAUCACCUGAAUUUGUUCAUAGCAUUCCUCACUCCCAGGAGCGAUCCAGCUAUGGAUUUCGAUGAUGCCGACGGUCCGGAACUCCCCACCAGGUCGAACGAGGAAUUUCGGCCGUUCAUAAGACGACUACCAGAAUUUAAAUUCUGGUAUUCAUUUUCAAAAUCAACAGUAAUUGCUCUUGUGUGCACUAUGUUUGAUUGCCUGAAUAUUCCAGUGUUUUGGCCGAUUCUCGUCAUGUACUUCAUUACACUGUUUUGUAUUACGAUGAAACGUCAGAUUAAGCAUAUGAUUAAGUACAGAUAUUUGCCAUUCACCCAUGGCAAACCCAGGUACCAAAACCACGACGACACGUCGAGAUUAACGUCAGCAAAUCAUUAAUUAUUAAUGUGGCUAAUUAAUUAAAAGGGAUGAUAACAAUUGGAAGAAUAAAAUGAAAGAAACCAAGAUUGUAUGUUUGAUUGAAAGUGUAUAAAUGUGCAAUGUUGAUUGAUUAAUUAUUUAAACAGAACAAUUGAGACAAUUUUUUUGUCAAAAUACAAAAGCAUGAGCUGAUGAACAUAA